AUGGCUGCAAAUGAUUCUACUCUUCUUCUCGCCCUACUUAUCCUCGCCACCCUCUUGCCAGUAGCUAUCACCACAGAGAACCAAGCGAAGGAUGACGACAUUUCUCAGCUUCCCGACAUCCCGGACGGCGACGAUGGCGACAUUGUGAAUCUGAGCGAGGCGUCGUUCGACGAGGCUCUUGGGCAGCACGAGUACGUUCUCGCAUUGCUGUACAACAGCUCGUGCCCGCGAUGCAAGAACUACAUGGUCCAGCUGCGGGAAGCGGCGGCGGCCCUGAAGGAGGCGGGCGGGGGGGUGUUGGUGGGCAAGGUGGACGCGGUGCAGCACGCGGGGGUGCUGCAGAGGGCGGUCGCGGAGGGGGCUGGGGACGACGGCGAGCCGCCGCUGUUCGUGUGGGCGGAGAAGGGACGCCUGCAGCCGUGCGAUGAGUUCCACAGCGAGGACGUGGUGGCGUGGGUGACGCGGAAGAGCGGGCGCAGCGUGGCCGUGCUGGAGCCCGCCUCGCCCUCCGACCUGCCCCCUCUCGACUCGCUGCUGGACGACUCCGUGACUGCGCUCGCCCUCGCUCUCGUGCAUGACACUCAGGGCACAGCAGCAGCGGAGUUCAGGGGCGCGUCCAAGGACGUGGAGGGGGUGCGGUUCGCGCUCACCACGCACGCUGCAGUGGCCACCGCGCUGGGCUGGCAAGGGGACGCUGCUGCUGCCCUGGCGCGUGCAGGCGCGGAGGGGGCCGUGGUGGCCGUGCUCAAGAGCAGAACCGACACCUUCCUUCCCUUCCAGGGACCACUGACGCGCAGGGCGAUAGCAGAGUUUGUGCAUGGCAACAGGCUGCCGCUCUUUGUGCACAUGGGCGAUGCUGCUGCUGAGGAAUUCGGGAAAAACACCAAGUGGCAUAUCGUGAUCUUCUGCCCGCGCACUGACUUCUCUCACUUUGAGGAAGCGCUGACUCCCCUGGCCAGGCAGCACGUGGGCAAGGUGUUCUUCAUGCUCGUGGACUCCAGUGACGAGGACACGUCAGGCCAGCCAAUGGACUACUUUGGCAUCCACGAGGGCGAGACGGCCGUGCUGGCUGUGGUCUCAUACACGGAGGAGGGCGAGCACCACGAGUCCAAGCACCGCCUCGCAGGGGAACCCACUCCGGCUAACAUGCAGGAGUUCAUAACAGCCUUCUUGGCAGGUGAACUGCCGCCCUACUACAAGUCCGACCCUGUCCCUGACCAGAACGAUGGUGUGGUGCGCACAGUGGUGGGCAGCACGUUUAAGGAGAUUGUGAUGGAUGAUUCCAUGGACGUCAUGCUCAUGCUGAGCUUUUCGGACGAGUGCCCGUCAUGUGACCAUCUGCUGCCGCACUUCACACGUCUGGCAGAGCGUCUCAACGACCGCCCCUCGCUGCUCUUCGCUGCCAUGGACUUUGCCACCAAUGAGGUGGCCGGCCUCGAGCUGGAGGCGUUCCCAACAGUCAUGCUCUACCCGGCUGGCAGGAAAUCCCACCCG